GAACCAAACACAAAGCUGUCAGAAUAGAAGCAGUGGUGGUAGUUGAGUCAAACGCACGUGCGUUAAGCCCGCAUCCGCACACACGAUUUUUUUUUAAUUAAGAAGACGGAAUUCUCUCUUCACCUUGAUCAAAUAUAUCCGGAGUAAUUCGCUUAAGCCCUAAUGUGAUGUCAAAAUGAAGUUUCAUUAUGACAAAGCCGGUUUAAACGUAGUUUAAAUAUGAGUGCUGUUUGCAGUGAAGUGUCUUUCAAUGUUUGCAAACUUCUGCAAGUGUGGACGAUUUUAUUAACUUGCAGCACGGUCAUGGAAGGAUACACUUGGACCAGUGGAGUAAAAAGUGUGCUAGACCACAAUGCGGGUUCGUCGCCAGUCUUCGAUGAUUUUACGAUAAGGGAACUCGAAGCCACUGAGGGGCAAACUCUUCUUUUACCUUGCACAGUCAGAUAUCUGGGAGAUAAAGUUGUGUCUUGGAUUAGAAGUAGAGACUUGCACAUCCUCACGUCCGGUCCUUUUACGUUCUCGAGCGACAGCCGGUUCGAGGCAGUGCCGUCGCUAGGAGGGGACUUCUGGGGGCUUCGGAUAAGAGGAGUUCACUUAUCCGACGCUGGUCAAUACGAGUGUCAAGUCAACACCGACCCCAAGAUGAGUCUCGCUCUCAACCUUUCAGUUUCAGUUUCAGGCGCGCGCAAGUUCGAAAGCUCCAGAUGGCUAGGCCAAGCUCUAAUAAAAGGUCCGAGGGAAGUUUAUGUCCGAGAUGGGUCCCUGGUGACCUUCACAUGUGAAAUAUCUCCUUUAUCUACGCCACAAUCUGGAGGUUUCAUGAGCGCUAAACCGAAAGUGCGCUGGUUGCACGACAACAAAGAACUACUCUUUGAACCGAGUCAUUCUCACAUCUCCACCAAGACUCUCUUCGAAGAAUCAAGUCGGAAAGUGAUUGGCAUACUGAAAAUUUCUAAAGCGUCCUGGAGAGACAGCGGACAAUACACCUGCCUCCAAAUGUCAGUCAAAUCAGACUCAAUCAAAAUGUUUGUCGUUGAAAGUGAACAUUCGGAGGCAAUGCAACGGGAUUAUCCAGUACAGUCGUGUGCAAGUAAAUGUCUGCUUCAUUUAGGAUUAGUACUCUUAUUCACACUGUAUUAUCCAACGUAAUUAUGUAAAUAAAUAUUUUUUUAAA